AUGGAAAUGGCUAAUAUUACUGCGUGCAUUUAUGGUUGGUUUCUCUUCAAUGAUUAUAACUAUCUCUCUUUCUUUCUCUCUCUCUCUUUUCUCUCUCUCUCUCUUUGCAACUUUCUCAGGUUCCCUUACCUUACUCACCAUUCCUCUUCGACUCCAAGCAAUAUUUAUGUCAGAUAUAUUUUCUAUCCUCCUCUUGUCAUUCAUAUUUUCUCUCUUUUUUCUUUUCUCAUAUUUUCUUUCUUCUUUUUUCUCAUAUCUUCUCUCUUUGCUUUCUCCCUUUUUUUUCUCACAUUUUCUCUCUUUUUUCUCAUAUUUUCUGUCUUCUUUGAUUUAUCAUAUUUUCUUUUUUUCUCAUAUCUUUUCUUUUCUCUGCUUUCUCUUAUCCUCACUCCUCUUUUUUUCUCAUAUUUUCUCGUCUCCUUGCCUUAUUAUAUUUUCUCUCUUCUUUGCUUUCUCAGAUUUUCUCUUCUUUGCUUUUUCAUAUUUUCUCUUCUUUGCUUUCUCAUAUUUUUCUCUUUCUUUUUUUUCUUCUUUUCCUUGAUUUCAUCUUUUCUUUGCUUUUUUCAUAUUUUCUUUUUUCUUUGCUUUUUUUUGCUUUCUUAUUUUUUCUUUUUUUGCUUUUUCUCUCUUUUCUUCUUUCUCUCUUCUUUUCUCAUGUUUUUCUCUUCUUUGCUUUUCUUUUUCUCUUUUGCUUUUAUCUGA